AAUGAUGCAGAUAUUUGAUAUUAGUGGACCUAUGAAACCAAAAAAUGAAAAUGAAAGUCUCUUUCCAUCACUUUCAUAUAAGGAAAGAUUAAUGGGAUUUGCAUUUUGUUCUGUUUUAGGUAAGAAAUAUAUUUCAUAUUUAUAAGGAUAUUUUAUCUAAAUAUUAAGUUUUGGAUCUUUUAUUGGAAUUUUGGGUGGUAGUCCAAAUAAAUUUGCACUUACUUAUAGUUUAGGAAAUAUUUUAGCAUUAUUUGGGUAAUCUUGAAUACUAAUUAUUUAUAGAACAGCCUUUCUUAUAGGAUUUAAGAAAUAAUUUGAAAAUAUGAUUGACAAAGAAAGAAAAAUGACAUCCAUUAUCUUUGCUUCUUCUUUAGUAAUGAUAUUUCUAUCAGUUUAUUUAUUUAAAUCAAAACUUCUUGUUUUGAUAUUUUUAGUGAUUGAAUUCUGUUCAUAUACAUGGUAUGUGGCCAGUUAUAUUCCAUUUGCAAGAGACUGCAUUAAAGGUUGUUUAAAGAACAUAAUAAAAUAAUGA